CACUUAUUCCACUGUCCCGCGGAAACACACGUAUUCCCUCUCUUUGCGUCCCCAAAUUUCCCUCUUUUUACUUCCUCUCUCUCUAGGGUUUCUCUUUUCUCUUACUGUCAUGAGUAACCCAGACAAAGACAGCUUAGACAUGUCCGACCUCGAUUCCUCCCUUCCCGCUGCUGCCGCCGCUUUGAGUGUGGAGGAUCGCGCUGGUUUAGUAAAUGCUCUAAAGGAUAAAUUACAAAAUCUGGCUGGGCAGCACACGGAUGUACUUGAAACUCUGUCUCCAAUAGUUCGGAAGCGUGUUGAGGUUCUGAGGGAGAUCCAGAGUCAACAUGAUGAGCUAGAGGCAAAGUUUUUCGAGGAAAGAGCAGCUCUGGAAGCUAAAUAUCAGAAACUUUAUGAACCUCUAUACACAAAACGUUAUGAAAUUGUAAACGGUGUUGUUGAAGUUGAAGGAGUUACUGAAACCCCCAUGGAGCAGGGGGAGGACAAACUAAAAGAAUCUAAAGGUGUGCCUGACUUCUGGCUUAUGGCAAUGAAGACUAAUGAAAUACUGGCAGAAGAGAUCUCGGAGCGCGAUGAAGAGGCUCUUAAAUAUCUCAAGGAUAUCAAGUGGUGUAGGAUUGAUAAUCCCAAGGGUUUAUCUGUAGAAGGGUGCCCUCAAUUGUUUGGGUUUUCAUCUGGAUUUUUGUGGCAUAUCAACAAUAUCACUCCGUACAGUGGUCAAAUUCGUGUUCAUUAUUAUCUUUGGUUCGACCAAAUAAAACAUGCAGUCUUUCACAUAAACAGAAAGCAAAAAGGAGAAGAAAUGAGCCGUGAUCCCUUAUCCCUUAUGGGAGCAACCACCUCAUCGGGUGACCCACUCUCAUCCAAUGAUGGGAGAGCACCUUGGAAAUUGAGGUGGAAAGAGAAAAAAUCAAAUCCCGAGUUGGUCUCACCUCAUAGAGCGAGAGUGGGGUACUCAAUGAAGUGA